ACAGAAUAAUUAUUGCGGAGAAAAUUCAGAAACAGUGGUAGGUGUGGGCCUUGCUCUGAGAAAGAGGCAUCUGCGUCACAAAGGCCUUUUCCAAUUCAACAUGCUUCCAAUUGUUAUCCUAAAAUGUUUCAUCUUCAUUCCUUGUUCUUGUUCUCUAACAAUUGAAGCAUAUAUAAAAAGAUAGACUUGCUCCAUCAGUGCAGCAGCAGCCGUUCUUCGAUCGUUUUCUGUGUCUUUGUCUCUCUGUCUUUCUCUGUGCAAGAUGAGAUUUAACUUGUUACCUUCUUUAUAUGAAUAUUUUAUUUUUCUGUAAAAGUCUACCAUAAAGGAGAGAUGGCUCUUGCUAAUCGGCCUAAGAAGGAGACGCCCAGUUUUGUAUGCAAGAAGCCGAAGAAUAUGCUACUUCCUGGAACUAGCCUUGCCUCUGUUGAAUCCUUAUCUGUCCCUCUUGUCCAGGAAGUUGUUCUCUCAGCAGAUAUUCGAUGUGCUGAAUGUCAAAUGAGAAUAGCUGAAAUAAUGUCAAGAAUGGCUGAGACUGAAUCUGUGUCAGUUAAUGUGUUGGAGAAGAAGGUAACUCUUAUUUGUAGAUAUCCUGGUGUUAAAGUACCCACAAGGCAAGUUGCUGCUGUGUACAGGAAUCCUUUCAACAAAAUUGCCAUGUUCAAGCGCAUUUUUCGCGCCACCAGCAGUUGAUUGCUUGUAUAAACGUUCCAACAUGCCAGAUAGUGUUAUCAGUCCGGAUAUAGGUAUAGUGUUAUCAGUCCUGAUAUAGGUAUUGUGGGGUCUCUGUAGAUGUACGUGGGUGCAAUGAAUGCAGUGUUAACUGUCGAGGGUGUGGCUUGUUUUUCUGCUUAAAAUUUUAACUGCAAGAAAAUGUGUAUAUUACUCUGGUUGAAAGGAAAAUUCUUAUUUAAA